AUGGGCACAAGAAAUCAUUCCACAGUGACUGAGUUUCUUCUUUUGGGACUAACUGACCAACCAGAGCUUCAGCUGCCUCUUUUCUGCCUCUUUUUAGGGAUUUAUACAGUCACAGUGGUAGGAAAUCUCGGCAUGAUCUCAAUAAUUAGAUUGAGUUCCCAACUUCAUACCCCUAUGUACCAUUUCCUCAGUAGUCUGUCUUUGGUAGAUUUGUGCUAUUCUUCUGUUAUUACUCCCAAGUUGCUGGCAGAGCUUUUAUGCAGGGAUACAGCUAUCUCCUAUUCUGGAUGCAUGACUCAGCUAUUUUUUUUCUGUAUGUUUGUCAUUUCUGAGUGCUACAUGUUAGCUGCAAUGGCCUAUGAUCGCUAUGUCGCCAUCUGCAGCCCCCUGCUCUACAAUGUCAUCAUGUCCCCUCGAGUCUGUUCUCUGCUGGUGGCUUCUGGCUUCUCAGUAGGAUUUACCGAUGCUAUGAUUCAUGGCGGUUGUAUACUAAGGCUGAAUUUCUGUGGCUAGAACAUCAUUAAACAUUAUUUCUGUGACAUCAUCCCACUUAUUAAACUCUCUUGUUCAAGCACUUACAUUGAUGAGCUUUUGAUUUUUGUCAUCGGUGGAUUUAACAUGAUAACCACCAGCCUGACAAUCAUCAUUUCUUAUGUCUUUAUUCUCUCCAGCAUCCUCCGCAUGCGCUCGACAGAGGGCAGGUCCAAAGCCUUCAGCACCUGCAGUUCCCACUUGACAGCUGUUCUUACAUUUUAUGGGACUCUCAUGUCCAUGUAUCUCAAACCUGCUUCCCGCAGCUCACUCAUCCAGGAGAAAGUAUCCUCAGUAUUUUACACCACCGUGAUUCCCAUGUUGAAUCCCCUGAUAUAUAGUCUGAGGAACAAGGAAGUGAAAGAUGCACUGAUAAAACUCUUAAAAAGAAAAAUACCUUUAUAA